UGCCGUCGCAGGAAAAUGACGUCCUCAAGCGGUGACGUGUCAGUUUGUUUACAGCGGUCUCUGCGCUGCAGCUGCACAGACAUGGCUGUGGAUAUAACUUUGCUUUUCAAAGCCAGUGUUAAGACAGUUAAAACCAGGAACAAGGCAAUAGGAAUAGGCUUUGACUCUACAAAAGAUGAGAUUUUCAAGAGGAGCAAACCGAAGGGCGGCUUCUCUCCGAAGGCAAAAGAAGUGAUCACAAACAUCACCAAGCUCAAGGACUUUCUGCUACAACAUAGGAAAGAUUAUGUGAGCGCCGGAAGUCUCAUCUCAUCAGAUCUUACCCGAAUGACAGACAAUGAGCGAGACCAGAUUGACCAAGACGCUCAGAUCUUCAUGAGGACUUGUUCUGAGGCCAUCAAGCAACUACGCAAUGAAGCUGAGAAGCAGGUGACAUCCGCACAGAUAAAGGAGCACAUGGGGGCGGUGCUGGACCUCAUAGAAAUGUAUCUGAGAGGAGUGUGUAAGCUGUACUCAGAGCAGAGAGCAAUCAGGGUCAAGAGAAUGGUGGACAAGAAGAGGCUGUCAAGACUUGCACCCGAGCACCACAGUCGGGUGGAGAAAACACCAGAGGUAGAGCCCACAGAGGAGAAGACUGUCAAGGAGGAAAGUUCUGAGAAGAUAGUGUCAGAGGUCCUGGACAACAACACAGUCAACCUGUGGGAGGAGGGCCGGGUGGAGGACGAACUCUCUCCAGAGGAGAUCCAGAUGUUUGAGCAGGAGAACCAGAGGUUGGUGAGUGAGAUGAACAGUCUGGUGGAUGAAGUCAGGCAAAUCGAGGGGAAAGUGGUGGAGAUCUCUCGGCUGCAGGAGAUCUUUGCAGAGAAAGUCCUUCACCAAGAAACAGAGAUAGAUAGUAUUCAUCAGCUGGUGGUCGGGGCUACAGAAAAUGUCAAAGAAGGCAAUGAGGAUAUACGAGAGGCAAUCAAAAACAACGCUGGCUUCCGGGUUUGGAUCCUGUUCUUCCUGGUCAUGUGCUCUUUCUCUCUCCUCUUCCUGGACUGGUAUGACAGCUAACACAACGAGUGGCAGUGACUCUAUAUGACAGGAAAAUGUCUGACUCCAGCACAUAGAGAAGCAAUCGACAAUACUGAGACUGAAUGUACAGAUUACGGAGCUUAACCUGGUGUACAAGGUUAAAAGUGCUACCCAUGAAGAACAUGAAGAAGAUCCUGCACUCAAGUGGAGCCUUGUUGUUCAUUCUUCCCUGAUGCUAAUUGUCUACCUUUAAUGUUUAAAGCACUUCUAUGGAGGCGAGCUUUGUAAUUGAGCAGUGUCCGCUUUGUGUGUGUACGUUUGGAUUGUCUGUCAUCCUUUACCACUAAAAGCAGUAAUAAUGAUGGCAGCAGCUACUCUUUUUUUGAGCAAAAGGAAACUACAUUAAUUUGUAUCUGUUGAUUCCUUAAGGAAGAAACCAGAGGAUUAACCAAUGUGCAAACUGGCAUUUCACUUUCUCAUUGUAAAUAUUUAAUUAGACCAUAAACUUGUGUCCCUCAAGGACAUGUCAUUAAUACUUCACUGUUCAAUGCUGAGAA